AUGGCAUGGCGCUCUUUCCUGACCCGCCCCGAGGGCAUCGGUGACCUGCUCUUCCACAUCUCCACCGACACCUCGGGCCCCAUCCUGCCAAACUCCGGGUCCUGGGCCCAGCAGCCCGCGGCACGGCAGACCCUGCUCACGCCCAUCUCUGGGUCCACCAACGGCACCCUGCCAUGGACGGUGCAGGUGUACUGGAGCGGCGAUCGGGCCGACCCGUACAAGGUGUUUUACGCCAGCGACGGCGCCCAGCCCACCUCGUACAAUGCGACCCAGGGCGCGACCUACCUGGACACCUACUCCUUCUGCAACUCCUCGACUCUGGUGGUGCUGGACCGCCCCAUCCCGGCGCCCCCCAUCCCUCCCACCAACCUGAGCUCCGUGGAGGGCCUGGAGAGCCUGUGCUGGACAAACGCCAUGCGCGUCCUGCUGCCAUCCUCCUCGGCGCCGCUGACGGAGGCCUGGGAGGAUGUGGCGGCGGUGGCGCUGGAGCUGGGCGCCGAGGAGGCGCUGAGGAUGAGGAUGAGCGCCGCGCUGGACACCUCCAGCAGAGCGACGUUCUUUGUCCCCGGGACCGACGUCCUGGAAGGGCUGCCCCAAGCCGCCGGCCUGAACGCCUCGUUCCUGGAAGGGACGCUGGGCGUGCUGCUGUCCAGCUUGACCCCGGGGGGGCACUGCCCUGCCUGGUUCACGUCCAACUCUACGGAGAACCAGACGCUGGCGCUGCCGGGACUGGACAUGGGGCUGGCGGGGGAGACACGGGUGCAGCGUCCUGGCGACGGGAAGGAGAUCUUGCUGACCCGGCCCUCGAGCGGCAUGAGCGUGGGCGCCAACCUCACCGGCACGGCCUGCUUCUCCACCAUCUACACGACGGACGGGCUGCUGGACACGACGACCCCGCCGCUAGAGGCGCUCCCCCUGAACGACAGUGACUGGCGCAUGCUGCUGGCAGGGGAGGGCGACAAGGAGAGCAUGUUUGGGGUGCAGGGGGACUGCAACCCGGGGCAGGACGCGGUGCAGCAGGACGCGGCGCACGACGCCGACUUCCUGCUGUCCACCCAGGAGCUGGUGUGGGUGGUGGACCCGGCCACGGGGCGCCCGCCCUUCCUCGGCUCCGGCACCUUCUCCACCGUCUACCGCGCGGCGCUCGGCAGCGGCGAGGCGGUGGCCGUCAAAUGUCUGUCGGUGCUGCCCGACGCAGAGGGCGGGAACCACGUGCCGUUGGACGUGGUCCGGCGCGAGGCCGCGGUCCUGCGCUCCUGCCGCUCACGCUACGUGGUCAACUUCCAGGGCGUGGUGCUCCCCACGGCGCUGGCGGCCGCUGCCGGCACGGGGCGCGAGCCCCCCGUCCCACGCGGCUCGCUGCUCGUCGUCACCGAGCUGGUGCAGGGAGGGGACCUGUACUCCGCGCUGCGCGCCGGGCGCAUGCGCUGGUAUGACGGCGGCGCACGCGUGGCGCACGACGUCGCCGCCGGGCUGGCCUACCUGCACUCACGCCGCAUCAUCCACUUCGACCUGAAGAGCCGCAACACGCUGCUCACGGAGCGGGGCCGGGCCAAGCUGGGGGAUGUGGGCCAGGCGCGCAUGCUGCCCUUCGCCCGAUCCUUCCUCUCCUCCGAGCUGCACGUGGGCACCUGGUCCCACGCCGCGCCGGAGACCAUCCUGGGCCAGCGCUGCACCGUGCAGUCAGACAUCUACUCCUACGGCGUGCUGCUGUGGGAGAUCGUGACGGGGAGCGUGCCCAUCCGCAAUGAGAUGCGCGAAGUCAGAGUGCCGGAGGAGUGUCCGUUGGACAUUGCAGAACUGAUAAAGGCCUGCUGGCGGUCAGAUCCGGCCGCCCGACCCACAGCCUCCGAGCUGCUGGAGAGACUGGUUGCAUAUGCAGAGCCCGCUGGUGACCCGCCGUGA